CGGCUUGGUUAAAAAAAAAAAAAAAAGAAAGAAAAGAAAAUGUAAUUUAAUUACAUUUAUAGGAUAUACUGACAAAUAAUUGAAGAGUUGUAUUAGUAAUUGCAUUGCUAUACAAUUGUAAUGUUGCUGCUCAGUAAUGCGAGUUGUAGAGAUAAUGGGACCCAAAUUAGCUAGCUAGCUGAACUAGAUAAUGUUUUAUCAGAUAAGGAAUGUAUCGAAUGAGCGAUAUCGGUAAUGACAGAUAAACAUAUUUGUUCACUGUCAGUUAGCUAACACUAGUCGGUAAUUAGAAUACAGCACCGUGUUUACAUACAGGACGGUUUACUAUCUGUCUAGCAUCUCGCUGUAGUCGUGGUAAACACUGUGAAAACACUAUUUGUUGUUUAAAAUGUGGAAUCGUGGAGGCAUCCGCAGUUCAGCUCUGGAAAGAGCAAAGGCUCAGCUCUCAGGACAGAGAGUUACAAACAGCAGAGCAUUAAGGGAUGACCAGAGAAGAGAUGUGCUCAGUGCCAGCUUUGGAAAAGCCCAGCUGCCUCUGCAUGGCCUGAGUGAUCUCUCCUCAGACACUGAAAGUGAAAAGCAAGAUUAUCCUGCUCAUCCUUCUAAAAUAGUGACACAUUUUGUGGAGCCAGUAGAACAAUUUGGCAUGGGUGGAGGAAGUAGAUUUCUAAAGAAGUCUGCCAACAGGCCGUCAUCUGCUGACCCAAGUGAGGUCAAGUUCAUCCCUCAGCGUGGCUCACAGAGUGUGGCACUAAGCAGACUCACGUUGAUCGAAGACCGAAUCAGAAAUCGUAGGAACGACAAGCUUGGCAUAGACACUGGUGCAGACAUCAAGUCAGGUCUCUCUGUCCAGUCCAGCAGUGAGCUGAGUGCAGCCGAUGGGAGCCAUUUCCUUAAAAAGAAAGCAUCCACUCCUAAGGGUCUGAAGGAGUCUGAGAGGCCACAUGCGGACAGUUACACGGCCCCUGCACAUUCAGUGUCUCAUAUGCAAAAAGGUGUGAGCGUGGACAGUGAUGAAGAAGACAUGCGUAGACUCCUAGGAGAAUCUUUCGAAUCAUCAGAUGGAGUCAAAGGCAUGAGACAGACAGAGACAAGUCCUCAGCAAACUGUUAAGACAUACAGGAAGAGUAGUAAAGAGAUUGUCAUGCCUGCUCCAGAGCAUAAAGAAAAGCAGCGAGUUCAGUCUGCAUUCACGGCACAGCAUCAUAAGAGCCCCUCUCCAUCACCACCAUCAUCUCGUAAAGUCUCCUCACCCAGCAGGCCUUUCUCUCAGAGAGCUGGUCUCACCUCGUCUCUGUCCUCAGCACCAGAUCACAGUGAGAUCCGGUCCCUCGAGGAGCUUUUCCCCAUCGCCUGUAAUCAUGACGACACACAGAGUGAGAGAAGUGUGCUAUCUGAUGAUUUCAAGUUAAAUGUGAUGACGCUGGACGAUUUGGCUCCUGAUACCCUCGAUAUAGCUGGAUUAUCAAAAGAAAAGUCUGACGCGAGUCCCCGGAAGCUCGGUGUGGCCUCGGCUGGAGAGAUCCUGCACAAGCCUGAGGAUGAAUCAGCGUGGUACGAGACUGACUUUGAGAGCGAGAUCCAGAGCGAAGCUCAGAGUGUGGACGACAUCUCCGAGCAUCUCUCCGGUGGAAAUGAACAUUCCUUUGUAGCUUCUGAGCCUCAAUCUCAGUCUCACUCAGCUAAAUCAAACAGCGAAGAUGAUUACACACUAUCAGAAAAGCCGUCCAAGCCCACAAGUGUCCGUUACAGUAGAUCUGAGUCCAGUUUAAGCCAAAGCAGAGGCUCUGACACUCCAUCCUACUCCAGCGAUGCCACACAUACUCACACCAAUCCACAGAGUCCCAGUGUGAGACGGCUCAAGAAGGAUGCCACAGUGCAGACGCAAGCAGAGGGACUCGCAUAUAUGUGGUCUUCUGACCAGGCUGUGCUGGGCCCGUCAGUAGGAAUGUCCUACGUGGAUCCGACUCCUGUGGCGAGUCACAUGAUCAGCGCUGAAGCUGUGGAAGCGUUAACGGCGUACAGUCCUGCUGUUUUUGCUCUGAAUGAUAUGCUGAGGCAGCAGCUCACACUGACCAGGAGCUUCAUCCAGUCCAGCAGACAUUUACACCAAGCCAUGCUGGAGUCCCUGGGGCCUGCCGAGUACAGAUACACCACGCUGGAGGACACGAAGGAGUUUAUCCGCUGUAACAGGCCUCCCAAGCUGACCAUGGAGGAUGCGCUGGAGGAGGUGAUGCAGGAGAUGAGGGACUAUCACUAUAUUUGAAGUGCACAUUUACAGAAUUGUAGAUGGAACAAGCUGCACAAGGAGCAGAUCUCAUUCACAUACUCAGGGCUUCUGUGUAAUGCAAAAUGCAUGUUAUUUUUGAAAUCUUUACUUCUAUGAGGUAAGUUUGUAUGGUGAAAUUUCACCUGCUUUAAAAGUAACAGUUAAAGUACUUCCAAAACCCCAAAAUGUAAUCCAUCGACCGAUUCGUUAGUUUUGCACUGGCACUAAGUUGAAUGUGACUGUGAAACUGAAACCUACUUGUUAGUAACAUUAGCCUUGUAGCUCGAGUGCAAAAUCAGCUAUAUUUCUGUUAAGGAGAACUGUGUGGAUUUAGGAAAAGUCCACCCUGAAACACAUUAAAUAGGUUUACACUGAAAUGUGUGUCAUGUGUUUAGUCAUUCUGGUGCUGAUUGUUUGGUUAAUGCAGUAUUUUCAUUAUUCCUGUGAGAAGCUGUGUGCUGUACUGAUGACACAGGGGAACAUUGUUAUUGCUAGUGUAGUUAUAAUGGCGUUUAAUAGGACAAAAUCUCAAAGAUAAGGAUUAACACUCAAAUUUCAAUGUUAGUUCAAAAGAGUAGAGCAAGAGCUUCUUCUUUUCAGCAUCAUGUUAAAGAGAAAUCCAACACAACCAUUGGACUCAAAGUUCCAGAAUGCAGUGCAGCUAGAUGCCGCAGUUGUGCCGAUGCAGGGCCGUAGCUUACAACCAACUUAACCCAAUGAGGAGGUAAGAGCUGGACAGACUAAAGGACUAAAGCGCUGCUGCAUUGCUCUCUUUAGGUAGAGAUGAAGCAAGGGCUAAAUCCCAUCAGAGGAUAGUUCAACUGCAUUGUGUGUAAUAUAGGAAUCUAAAUAAAAAUAUUGAUAUGCAACUUGAUCAGGGUGGACUUUUCCUUUAAUUCUUGCCUGAACUAUUUCUUCAAGUGUUGUACUUGUAAUAGGCAAUUCAAUUAGCAAUUCCAAGAUUUAGAAAAUUAUCCGUAUGUUUACACACAAGCAUGAUGAAGCUCAGCUAAAUGUGGAAAGGAAGUUCAGUGUUGUUCAUUAGACCCGAUGCAAACUAGAGGCUACACAGGGUGUAAUCAGGGUGAGACCUCACAAGCAUUGUGUAUGGUGCUUGUAUAACAUUGUAUACACUGAAAUGUUUAUUAAAAUAUUUUUACAUGAAUGACA